ACUCCAUACUCUCCUAAACACUUUUUCUACUCGAACAUGAAAAACAGUGAAUCAUUUUGCCCAUUUUAUGUGGUAUUAUGUCUCUUGAAUAUCGGGUUACAACUUGCUGGAGUUUUUGGUCGCUCAGAUGGGCCUGUUCCAGGGGGAGGUGUUGAUGCUUCUGGAGGGGUGAAACUUACGUGUGAUCCAAAACAUGUCACGAUCGACAAUGGAAUUAUACAGCUGACAUUGGCAAGUCCAAUUGGACGAAUCGUUGGGCUAAAAUAUCAUGGAGCUGAUAACUUACUGGACUCCCAUGAACCUAAACUUUGGGGAGCGUACUUUGAUGUGUCGUAUAAUGUGAUUCCACCACGUUCAGGGGCAGGGGGUUUACAUAGAGUGGAGGCAACGAAGUAUGCUGUCAUCACGGAGAAACCAGAUAUAGUGGAAGUAUCUUUCAGUGCAGAAUGGAACCCAUCGCUAACAGAUUCUGUCGUUCCGCUCAAUUUUGACAUAAGAUAUAUAGUCCGAAAGGGAGAUUCAGGAUUUUAUACUUACGUCGCUGUGGAGAGACUGAAAGAUUGGCCUGACAUGGACAUGAGUCUACAUGUAUUCGUUUUCAGGCCUAAUAAACAGUUAUUCAACUAUAUGGCAGUGUCCGACGAAAUCCAAUUGGUCAUGCCGACAGAAGCGGAUCGAGCAAAUGGUGUGACGCUAGCUCCUCGAGAAGCUGUGCUCAUGACCAAUCCCGUUGAUCCAGCUUUUAAAGGCCAGGUGGAUGACAAGUAUGAAUAUAUCCAAGAACAGAAGGAUUCAAAACUCAAAGGUUGGAUCUCUGAUACGUCCAAAAUAGGAUUUUGGUUGAUUCAACCUAGCACUGAAUACAUGAAUGGUGGGCCCCUCAAAUAUGAUCUUUCUUGUCAUAACGGGCCAACUUGUGUUAUGGUUUUCACGGGCGAACAUGUUUAUGGAGAUGAUGUUGACAUGGUGUUUAAAAAAGGAGAAGGGUGGAAUAAAGUAUUUGGACCAUUUUUCACUUAUGUAAACUCUGAACAAGAUCGUGCAGGUCUCUGGAAAGAUGCCAAAUCACAGUUGGAGAAAGAAACACAACUUUGGCCAUAUUGUUUUAUUCAACAUAAAGAUUAUACUCCAGCUGCCCAACGUGGAAGUGUUGUUGGCCAAUUACUCGUCGACGACAAAUACUUAAGUCCGACUCCAAAGGAGGCAUGCAAAGCAAUGGUGGGUUUGGCAGCGCCUGGCACAACUAAUGAAGCAUGGCAAAGUGAAGCAAAGGGUUAUAACUUUUGGACGGAAGCAGAUGAGAAGGGAAACUUUUGUAUUAAGAAUGUGAGGCCCGGAGACUACAAUUUAUACGGUUUUGUUCCGGGUAUUGUAGGCAGUUUAAGACAUCCUCAGCUUAUUACUGUUAAACCAGGGAAUGAGAUCAACCUUGGCCAAGUUAUGUUUAAGCCUCCAAGAAAUGGUCCUACGGUAUGGGAACUUGGCAUUCCAAAUCGGUCGGCUAAAGAAUUCUUUAUCCCAAAUCCAGAUCCAAAGGCUCUAAACAAGUUCUGGCUAGAUAAACCAGAUCAGAAGUUUAGGCAAUGGGGAUUGUGGGAUCGAUAUCCUGUGUAUUGGCCUAAAGAGGAUGUUGUUUUUGAAGUCGGCCGUAGCAACUAUAGCAAGGAUUGGUGUUUUGCUCACUUUUAUAGGUCGGAUGGAAAGGUUUGGAAUCCCACAACUUGGCAAAUUAUUUUUGACCUUCCAGAAGUAUGCACAACUGGAAGUUACACUAUCCACAUAGCACUGGCAGCCGCAGAAUUGACGAAUACACUUGUUUAUGUAAACAAUAUAAAUGCGAGGAGGGAACAUUAUGAUACAGGGACUUGGGGAGAUGACAAUGCAAUUGCAAGACACGGAGAUCACGGAUUUUAUAGGUUUUUCAGUGGAUCUCUCCCAUCGAAUUUAUUUGUGAAGGGAAAGAACACGAUUUACCUUAAACAAGCCAGAUCCCAAACUUACAUGUUUGCAGGGGUGAUGUACGAUUACAUUCGUCUCGAAGCACCGCCUCCUUCCACAGCUCAACCAAAGGAGCUGUAGUUUCAUAAUCUCUGUAUUGUGUUAUUGUAAGAUGUAGUCAUUCAUAAUAAGCCUCCCCAUGACAAUUGGUGAAAUUCAAUAAAAUUGAGUGGCGAAA